CUCGCAUCUCCUGCAACACCUAAAAUAACCCUGCCUUUCUCACGCACCCCCCCAAACCACAAUGCCGAAGGAGAAUAUGCCGCCCCAUGAUGACAUAGUCUAUUAUGUUGGGUUCAUCAUGGCUCCGCUCUGGAAUAGCGACGGCUCAUUACGAAAGCGAUUACCCAAGGUCCCAUCAUGGGCUGUCGAGGCCGUGAUCGAGUGUGUUGAUCCUGCCGGGGCUUAUGCAACGGGGUUUAUGGUGGACGACACAGAAAAUAGACGGACACUCCUGGUAUAGGCGGCAUCCCGAAGACAAAAACUGGAAAUUCUCUAGGUCAUGGAGUAUUCGAGAGUUUCCAAACAAAUCCGGCUGGAUCGUAACCUUUACCGUUUACGCGAGUACAAUAGAAGAACUGGCCGCCUUUCGCCUACACACCCUGGGGAACCAUCACAUUGGCGCUUCCAAGGCCGAAGUGUCUUCAGGCAAGUCGGUCCUCAUGUUCAAUCGCUUGGACCCUGGAAUGGGUAUCGGCUGCAUCUUCGACGGCGAUCCAAGUGAUGUGUGGUAGCUCUGGCCGAUGGAUUCCAUCCUCCCAGAGAGGUUGGGUUGUCGGCAUACGAAUUGCCGGCAUAUGAAUUGCCGGCAUAUGAAUUCGGGUCGCACACAGAUGAAGGUAGCUGCCGGGGUGCUCCAGCUAAUCCUGGGCCUUGUGAUCUUGUACGCGCUGUCCAAAACAUACAUCUCUGCCUUAU